GUGAUUCGAAUCGCUGAAUCAUAUCACUGUCCCCCGAAUCGGCUGAACCCGAACCUGAAUCCGAAUCCAAAGUGAAUACUAGCCACUUCGCACAGGCGUACUGUGAAGUUGCUUUUUUCAAUCUGUCAGUAGAGAGACCUAAUACAAAUUACUUUUAUUUGCAGAGGAGGGUAGAGGAAGACAAAUACCACCCACCCAUGCACAGGAGCAGAUACAGGAUUUAGCAAUGCUGGGUGCAAGAGGGGCAGCUCACACUACAGGACUAGCUGUACCUAGCUUCUUCCACUCCUACUAGUGCAGGCAGAAAUUUUCAGUCCCUAAACCAGGUAAAAAUUCCCCGUCCAUUCCCCUUUCUACUCAGAAGCAUAACCCCUCUCCUUCCCUUUUUCUUCCCUCUCCCCCCACAGCUUUCCUGCCUGCAACUGCUGCUUUCUCUCCACAGCUCAGGGUCAGGUAAGCUUCAGAGCUAGCUGGGAUGAGCAGGGGCUGGGCUCAGCUUAGAUGGUGAUAGUGGCAACAGCCCAGUGGGAGAGUAGUUCCCCAUAUCAUGUCCAAAGCAGGAGUAGGGAAGGAGAACCCACCCCCCAUCCAUCCCAGCUGCCAUUGUCCCUGUCACCAGCUGAUGCCAGCCCCCACACAAUGGGCAGGAAUAGUGCUGGUGCUUCCCCACCCCCAGGGACAGCAGAGCAGGGGAGAGGAAAGGACAGAGAGAGAAGGCAUGCCUUUGAGGUGGAAGGGGAAGAGAAGCAGGGAUUUUUCACAUGCUUUAGGGACUUCAAAAAGUCCCUGGAGGCUCCUGUGGUGUGUUGCAAUGCAAAGGGGGGUGCAGUGUGCACAAGUGCACACUGCACCCCCUCUGAUUCUGUCCCCUGCCCACAUGCAACCCCCAAAAACAAAGUGAAUUUUCUUAUUUUAUUUUUUAUUUCACCAGGCUUUAUUUUUCUAAUGUGUUCAUCAGAAACUCAUGUUGCUAGUUAAGCAAAAGUAUUUUUUUCCAUAGAGAAAAUGUUUUGUUGAUAUUUUUUCAAUUGCCUCUUGUGUCAACAGAAAACUGAGACAUGGAUGCUGUGUCAGUCAUAGUAGGAGCAUAAGCUAGCCAGUUAUGGUCAGACUGUUCCAUGAAUCCAGCCCUUCUCACUAUGUCAGUCCUUUACUUGGCAUCUGAUUAAUAUCUUUGUGAAGAGGAUGGAUUAUGAAGAAUUUUUAAACAUCAUGAAGGCAGACAACUGCAGAUCCAGGAACAUUAGAAUGAGGCACAUGUCUGUUGGCUCUCCUGUUUUUGUUUACUAGGUCCUUUCACUCCAGCAAUGGAUAUAUAUGAUCCUAUUCCCCUACACCCAUUUAUCAGGGGCUUUAUACAUUAGCCAUCACAUAAUGAAAUACAAACCAUGCAGACACUGAGGGACCCAUGUACCCAAACAAAGGGCAAAUGAUGAGCAUUAGAUAAAAGGCAAAAUAUCUAUGGCCAGAAGAAGUGUCCUUCCUCCUCAACUGGUGCAUGAUGCUUCUUGAUGGAUACAAAUAAGGAGCCCAUGCUGUAAUAUCUCUUUGAUCAGAAGUAGCUAGGACUGAAGUCUAGAUAGUUGUAAACCAUGAACUUAGAGGGGGUUGUCUGAAUUUGAGAAAGUAGCUGUUCCCAGGCAACUAUGUAAGUAAAACAAAGCAAUGCAACUGAAAUAAAUAUUAUUUCUUGUAUGUAAAAGAAAAAAAAAACCCGCACCAAAACACACAGCAUAAUUUUCACCUCCACAGAGGUGGCUUGGCCAAAGAAAUAUGUAUUUGGAACCAGAGACAGCACUCUGAAAUGAAGUAGGUGAAGAGAUGCUGUAAGGAAACACUGAACUGAUCCAAAGCCUCUCAGUGCCCCUCUUACCAACUGACUGACUGGAGGCGGCAGCGCUGGCAGCAGCAGCAGAGGAAUCGGCAGCGGGGGCAGCAGCAGCUGAUCCCCCGAAGGUAAGUGGGGAGGAGGGACCCAGCGCAGCUGAGCCGGAUCCAGAGGGGAAGCCCCCUGGGUCCCAUAUAGCUGAGCCGGUAGGGAGCCGCGUUCCCGAGCCGCGCGGCGCGAACAGAGCGCGCAAACAGGUGUGCUCUGUAAGAGCAUGCCGGUGUUUGCGCAGGUGUUCGCGCCGGUGGGCGGGCCGGGAGGGCCAGGAGUGGGACUCCUGUAGGGGUAGGGCGUAGACACCACUCAGGUCUACAAACAGCAGCUUAUAGAAUGGUGUCUACGAGGAGUGCUGCUAGGGCCUCUGCCCAGGGGGACAAGGCUACCCGGGGCAGGUCUGAGGCCUCCACCCAGACCGAGCCCAUGGGGGAGCUGAUGUCCCCCUACCUCCUGGCCUGUGGGGGAUCCCCAGCAGGGCCGGGGGGGGCCGAGAUUGGGGGCCCCCACACCUGUCUGGCAGGUGCCCAUCUUAGGGCUCUGGAGGCACAGGUGAGGGAGCUCCGGGAGGAGGUUAGCAGGCUGAGGGGGAUCAGGGAGGCGGAGGAUGAAAUUGACAGUUAUUUCCUUUCCCUGCAGGCCCAGGCACCGAAGGAAGAAGCAGCCCAGGGAGUGCCCUCCGCAGCAGAGUGGCAGACGGUCACAGCCAGGACCGGAGCAGCUCGCAGCGAACUGGUACCAGCUUCUCCAGUCCGACUGGUGAACAGGUACAAGGCCCUGGCGACCCUGCAGGAGAUGGAAGGGGAGGAGGAAACCCUUGGGCAAGAAGAAACACCGCGUUCUUCACACUCCGAACAGAUCAAGAGAUCCACGAGGACCCAGAGGAGGAGGCGACGAGUGCUCGUCAUAGGCGACUCCAUCCUGAGAGGUACGGAAGGACCCAUCUGUCGCCAGGACCCCUCGGCACAAGAGUGACCAGACGAGGAAGACGGCAGGAGAACUGCAUCUGAGAAACCAACUGGCGGCUUCGGCAGUGGUGUCUCGAGGCAGGCUUCGGCUUCCUGGACAAUGACCCGCACAUCACGACGAGGGACAUGCUCAGCUGGGAUGGGCUUCACCUGUCCCCCAAAGGUAAGCGUGUGUUUUCUACUAAGUUGGCGGAUCUCCUCCGGCGGGCUUUAAACUAGGCUCGUCGGGGGGAGGGGAGUACGAGGGCAGGGGAAGCUGUGGACCACCAAACCAUGUGGCACCCACAAGGACAGCCCAGCCUGAAGGAGGAGGACAUUGGAAACCUGAAAGCCAUGGGGAGACCAGCACUACAGAACAGGUAAGAAACAAGAAGGUAAGAAACAAUGGGCCCCUUGGGACUCGGAGCGGGGGGGCAGCAAAGGCACCAGUCGCAGGGCUCAAGUGCCUAUAUACUAAUGCUAGGAGCAUGGGGAACAAACAGGAUGAACUAGCGCUCCUGCUUGCACUAAACACCUAUGACUUAGUGGGGCUAACAGAGACCUGGUGGGAUUCAUCCCAUGACUGGGUGGUACAUAUUGAGGGCUAUAGAUUGUACAGAAAGGACAGGUCGGGGAAGA